AUGGAGGAGGCAUUUCCCAACUUAUUUGUGUUAUCCCUUUUCCCGAGGAUGAGUGUGGCUGAAGCGGGGUAUUGGUACGACCCAGUUUGGAGGUGGGAGGUUCAUUUUCCUGUUUUCGUAGUUGAUUUUGUGAUGAUUAAGGAACAAGAGGAGCUUGACCUCCUGCUGCAUAAUUCGGAGCCUGCUGCAGAAGUUGAGGACUGUUUUCAGUGGGAUUCUAUGAUUCCAGAUAAUCAGCCUAGUGGGAUCGAAGAUGUUUUACUAGCAGUUCUGAAGGAUUUGUGGAGUACUAAGAUGCCAUAUAAACAUCAUAUUUUCUUGAGGAGACUGUUCUUGAACCUGAUAGCAACGAAGGAUCAAUUGUUCAAGAGAGGUAUUUCUUUCGGAGGUAAUGAUCAUUUGUGUGUGUUAUGUAGAAGUUUUGAAGAAUCAUCGUUUCAUUUAUUUCUCAGUUGCGUUUUUGCUGGGAACGUUUGUAAGGGUAUCGAGAGGUGGUUGGGUAUAGAGUUGGUGCUUGAUUCUAAUAGCAUUGAUUCCUAUGUUGAUUUCGGAAGAUCGUUAAGGAAGGAGGUAGAUAACAAAUUGGGUAAUGUCAUUUGGGCUGCUUCAAUUUGGCAGAUUUGGGCAAGUAGGAAUAACCUGAUCUUUAGAGGUAAAGCCUUUUCAGUUGAGUAUAUUGUUCUAUCAAGUAUCGCUCAUGGAGUUGGUUGUGUUUAG